ACUUGAAAGAUGUUGAAGUGCCUAUAAACAGUGUAUAUUUGGAAUAUGAAAAUUAAUGACAAUCCUAUACAUCUUUUUCUUUAUGUUUAAAACAUAUUAAUUAACAUAUUGGACGAGGAAGUGACUGACAAAUGUGGUUGUUAUCAACGAAUUUAAUAAUGGUAUUUUAUAAAAUAAUAUCUGGCGUUAUUUUAGCACAUUUGAUUCAAGCACAGAGUUCGGGUGAUGUAAGGUUGGACAAUUCAAAAAGGCUUGAAAUUUAUUAUAAUGGUGUCUGGGGUACAGUCUGUGAUGAUGAUUUUGAUGACAACGACGCUAGAGUGGUCUGUAGACAACUUGGAUUUAGCAAUGGAAUUUCAUUAGGAAAUGCAGUAGAUGACGGCAGCGGUACAACAUGGCUUGAUGACAUGAAGUGCACGGGAAGUGAAAGUAAAUUAAAGUAUUGUUCACAUGCAGGUUGGGGAGUAGAAAACUGUGAGCACUCGGAAGAUGUUGGGGUUCUUUGCAACAACAUUAAAAGUCCAGGUAUAGUGAUUAAUGAAUAA